UGCUUUUGGACCAAAAACAUAAAAAUAAACUUUAGGUCGGUAUUGGGGGAAUGAGAUACUCAGCAGUCUCAAAUACACAGUGAAAAUUCUCUUCCAAACCCCACAGUAUGCAGGACCUGUAUGUCCUUCCCAUAAACACACGAGAAAGAGAAAACGUGUCCUAGCAUGAAUGGCAUUACAGGCACUGUUCUGAUAAUAGUGGCUGACAGCAGAAGCUCCUAAACUCAAACAUUUAUUUAACUUGUUCUAAAUCACAGGAAAUCUUCUUCCAUCUCCAGGGGGGCCGUCAUCCAUGAUACUCAAGUCAGCAUGCAAGUCGUAGGAAACUCUGUAAACACUCCACAUGAGUCUUACAGGCAUCAUGACUCUCCUUUAUAUUUCCAUCUUAUGUUUCGCUGCCUGUGUGGGCUCCAUCAGUGCAGAUGAUCACGUUAGUGUAUCAGCUAAAGUGGGUUCCACAGUCGCCCUGCCGUGUAAACUGAAGAAUGCGUUCACAGAAACAUCACUGAUUCGGUGGAAGAUCGAUGAAGCGGUUGUGUUUGAGCGAAGCAGUGAGAGUAAAGCAGAAGGUGAAGGAUAUGAGGGACGUGUGGAUGUUCCUGAGGAUGAGCUGCAUAAAGGAAACUGUUCUCUGGUGUUGAAGAACGUCAGAAUCACUGAUGAUGGUGCCACUGAUAAUAGUGUCUACAGAUCUUUUGUGAUGGAACACGUGGACAGAAAUAAAGCACCCCCAGCACUCAGCAGGGUUAAACUCUCAAUUGACAUGCAGAUCAUAUCAGCUCGAGUGGGUUCCACAGCUGUCCUGCCGUGUGAAUGGAGAGAUCCGUCCAUCCAAACACCUUAUGUUGAGUGGUAUAUCGAUUCUAAGGUGGUGUUUGAGCGAAAGGGUAAAGAGUCAUUUCCAGGUGAAGGAUAUGAGGGUCGUGUGGACGUUCCUGAGGACGAGCUGCGUAAAGGAAACUGUUCUCUGGUGCUGAGGAACGUCAGUGUUACUGAUGAAGCCAUCUAUAAAAGCUCCAUGCUCGUGGAACACACAAAGGAACAGGUUUUGAUCCAGAAAGUUAGACUCUCAGUCUCUGUUAAUGAUGCCAAUAAGGAGAUUGGUGCUGUAUCUGAGGGCUCGGAUUCACAGCAGUCUGAAAGGAAUAGAACCUUCUGGAUUCCAAUUAUGAUCGUAAUGUGUGUUUGUGCCAUCUCUGUCCUGAUACGUGUGUUCUGCAGCAGGGUGCACGGAAAAUCAGGAUCAUCAUGCGGCUGCUACAAGCACACCACUGACGAUUCACCGACUGAAAAGAAAAUAAACAAAAACUGCACUAGAGAAGUCAUCUGUAAAAGAAAGGGCAUACUUGUGACCAUCUUUAGACACUGGGUCUAUCGGACCAGCAAGGUCUGUGUGCACCAUGUCCAGAGGUGCUUUGGCUCUGGCAUCUGCCCCCCUGUUCCUAGUCUGAACAAAUUUACCCUGUGUGCACACGUCACAAGGACAGUUUUCUUCUCGCUGAAGAUCACAGUGGCCCCGCUGGAACUAGCAGCUUUCACAGAAAAGAUAUCCUGUGGAUACGUCGGGAUGUACAAGGCACCCCUCAGCACUGUUCGGAAGCUCCUGCCCCCGCUGUCAACUAGCCGCACCUCCGCGUCUCCUCUGCGCUUGGCGACGUUGCACCUGGAGCCGUCCGCUAGCUCCACGCAAUGAGUCUUGGCUUGGAAACUGUCGUCGAACUUCUUAAACUUUGUGAUGUCCGUAAUGAUGUGGGAGGUUGCACCUGCAUCGACCAUCAGACCUCUCCUCCUGACGUCUCGCACCGGUGGCUCUGCGUCGCUCACUCUGAAUGCGUACUCUUUGGCCUUGGUUUCCUCGGCUGCCUUCCGCACGCCAUCCCGCUGCUUGUUGCACCUGCAGUUCACACUGUUGUGCGUGUCGUUUCUACAGUGAUGACACCACAGUUUGCGUGUACAGGAUCUGGCUAUAUGGCCACUUGUUUCACACCUGUAGCAUACAACGUCCGUUUUACCACCUUUUGUUGCGGUAGCUGAGCACCUUGUUCCAAACUGCGCUUUUACCUUCAUGACAUUGUCCUCAGAAGCAGCUGCGCACAUGUUUUCAACGUCCUCAUAACUUCGAAGCUUUGUCUUAAACUCCGCAAAAGUAAUUUUGUCUUCCAUUUGGGUAACAUGUAUGGCAAAAGGCUUAAAUGUCUCUGGCAAUCCUUUUAACACCAUGGCUAUUAAGAGUCCAUCACUUAACGUUUCACCAGCGCUUCUCAAGGUUGUAAUAGCAGUCUCUGCCCUGAUUACGUAUUCGGUUACGUUCUCAGUUGGUGACUUUUGUAGCGAGGUCAACUCUGUGUACAAGUUUAUUAUUCUGGGCUUUCCCUUUCCAGCGUAGUACUCUCGGAGAAUCCUCAGCACCUCACGUCCAUCAUCUGCCGCGUCAUGCAUCACCAGCGACAGGCUUUUGUCAUCCAGGAACUGAAUGAGCUCGGCGUAGGCCUCGGCGUUUUUCUCAUCAUCUUCUUCGUUUGCUUCAUCAGGUUCAUUUAGGAUCGUAUCUUUCAAUCCUUGCAGACGAAGAUGUCCCAAGAACUUGGCUUCCCACAAUUCAUAAUUCUUUUCGUCGCCAUCAAAAACGAGCCUCGCCUAGCGACCGCUUACAGUUUCUUUACUCUUACUCAUUUUGUACUAAAACUACGCGGGAUUCGCUGGGCCCAUAACCUGUUAACAGAGUGUUUUCUGCUCUGCGCCGUCCGACAUCAACAUCACACACCACACAGUCUUUUGGUUUGAGAGCACUUCCGCGUUCACGGGCACACCUCUUUUAUUGAUUAACACACGUGCAGGCAAUUUAGCUCCUCGUUACGGUCAGACCAAUGGUUACAAAGAAACUUAAGACAGGGGCAUCAUACCAAUAACAAAAAAAAACAAAUUCAGAGCAUUUCCUGAACACAAUAUUUUUACUUGUCCUGUGUAUAAAGCAAAAAUAAACACAAUGUGAAAUGAGAGCAUCUCAACAAAAUCAAAUGGUACUAACCCCCCAAAAAUCCAUUUUAAUUCCAGCUUGUAAUGCAACAAAACAGGACAAUCACAAAGGGGGUGAAUACUUUUGCAAAACACUGAUUCUAGAGUUAUAUGUAAUAAAGAACUGUCUACAUUACCAUAAACCCAAAAUGAACCUGGUCUUGAAAAGAACCUGAUCAUUCUUACUAUGGCUUUGUACCCUUUCCAUGUCUUUCAGAAAACUACACUGUAAAAAUGAUACAUUAGCAAGUCUAAGUUGGGUCAGUUUUUCAAAUAAUUAAUUCAGCCUUUUAGCAGAGAUGUUCUUAAAUACGACCGUGUUAGAACUUCUCAGAUUUUAUUUGUUUAUAUCGUGAAGUCGGUCACUGAUGUAAGUUUGCACCUGUGUGCUUUUGCUCGUUAACAGUUAACAGAUUUUUUUCUUCUUUUCCUGUUUUAAUAUGAAAAAAGGUAGGAUUUACAGUGU